AUCUUUAACAAAGAGCUAACAAACCAGGCCACAUUGUCAGGAUGAACGUUAAAAACGUUUUUGUUUUUUAAUACCGGCUUUCACCUGCUGAGCGUGAGACAAAGCUGCCCUCUAGUGUUCAAAAGUGACUAAAACAUGGAAGUCAUCCGUGUGAAUUGUCUCGGCGGAUGUGGAACGGUGACUUAUUUUACGUUCCAGACUGAAGCUAAAGAUCCAGAUGGAGGAGAGAUGGAGAGACGACAGGGUCACCACCACCACCACCAUCUGCUGCUGCUGCUGCUGCUCACAGCAGGUUCUCUGAAGGUUGAUGGUUCCCAGGAUAGAGCUGUGGAUGGUGGUGUGGAUGUAGACACCAUCAGACACUCCCUUGUCUUGGUCCAACAUCUGGAGACCCUGCUGCUCCAGGGAAACGGCAGUGAUGUGACCCUGCGGGUGGAGACACCUGGUACUGACGAGGUGAGGACAAUCCAGACUCACUCCCUGCUGUUGAGUCUGCAGAGUUCUGUGUUCCAGGAGAUGCUGCUGAGACGCAACGACAGCACGCUGCACCUGAAGGAGUCCGCUGACUGUGCCGCCGUGUUCCACGGGUUCAUCAGGUACCUGUACUGUGGACAUGUUCCUCUGAGUCUGGACCAGGCCGUUCCUCUUCACAGGCUGGCCUCCAAGUACCAGGUACUGAGUCUGCAGCAGGGUGUCACCCAGUACAUGAUCCUGAAUCUGGCCCGAGACUCACCGUCUGGACAUGUUGUGGGCUGGUACGAGUACGCCGUGCAGGCCGGGGACAGGACCCUGAGGGACAGCUGUCUUCAGCACCUGGCCUGGAACAUGACUGAGGUUCUGCUGAGUGGGGAGUGGUCCACCAUGAGCAGUCAGCUGCUCAUGUCUCUGCUGCCCCGUUCAGACCUGGUUGUCCAGAGUGAGAUGGAACUUUUUGUGGGUCUGGAGGCGUGGAUCAUUCAGAAUGAUCCGGACGGUCUGAUGGUGGAGAACGCUCUAAGGGCUGUGCGAUACGCCAUGAUGCCUCCUCAGGAGCUGUUCCGACUGCAGACCCAGUCUCCGGUGCUGACCCGGUACCAGGAGUCAGUGCGAGACCUGCUCUACUUGUCCUACCAGUUUCACUCCACCUCACCGCUGCUCAUGGCCAAGUACUUUGACGUCAACUGCAGCCUCUUUGUGCCCAGGAACUACCUGUCCAGGAUGUGGGGUUCACCUUGGACCAUCAGCAGUCCGAGCCGAGACGAUCGCAGCACCAGCUUCCAGACUCAGCUGGGUCCCAGCAGCUACCACAGCAAUAAGAGGGUGUCAUGGAACGCCUUGUUCUCUCCACGCUGGCAACCAAUCAGCAUGAAGCCAACGUACAUGGAGGUAGGGGCCAUGCAGCCCAGUGGGCAGGAGGGUGGGCGACCUCGUAUCAUCGUCACCCCGGCCACGUCCAGCACCGACUCUGCUGGAGUGACCUUUCAGAAGACGGUGCUGGUGAUGUCCAGGCAGCAGAGGAAGCUGGUGGUGAAACACGUCUACGACUUUCACCAGAGCUCGGAGGAGAACGUGGACUUCCUGACUGAGGCGGACUUGAACCAGCACUCUUCUGAAUACUUGCUCAAUGGCUCCCUCUACCUCCAUGUUGUUGUAAAACCAAUGUACCACACACUCAUCACUGACAAGAACUGAAAACAUCUACCGACGCCUUCACGUCUGACCACAUCACCACUUGUACUUAUACACCACUGAAAAUAGUUCCGUUCAGGGAAGUACAGAGUACUGUUUAAAAAUACUACUAGACAUUUUUGUAUAAGUUUCAUGAAAUCAGGCUUUGUUAAUGUCAACCAUUUUCCUCCUGGUGUUUUGUUAAUAGCGCCACCCACUGGUCACUUGUGCGCGUUUACUUAUUUUAUGUGACUUUCCGUUUUCUGGUCAUGUAAUGUUUUUUAAUUAUUAUAUUUGUUCUAAUAAUUGUAGCUUUUUCACCCAUCACAGUAAACUGUAAUGAUAGAACACACACACAGGUGUCGCUGCAGUUCUUGACGUGUCUUGACCUGUUAAAAGUGUGUUGUUCCAAUAAAAUCUUUUCCUAAUGGAUUAGUAGUAGUAGUAUUAACAAUUAUAUUGUAUGAUACAAUAUAUUAUAAUAUAU